GCGGCGGCGCGCGGCGGGCGCUUCACCUGCAGCCCAGAGCGGGCAGCGAGCGGCGGCGGCGGGAGCGGGGCGGCAGCGACCCCCCGGCCCCGGCACUGCGCAGCGCGGGGCGCCCAGCCGCACCGCCACGGCCCCCGCCUCCGCCACCGCCCCCGCCACGGCCCCGGCUCGGCGGGCGGGCGCCGCCGGGGCGAUGAGGACCGGCUCACGGGUGCUGCUGGUGCUGCUCCUUCCCGUCUGGGGCUCGGCGGCGGCGGCACACAAUGGGGAUCUUACAGUUAGACCCACAUGCAAGCCUGGCUUUUCAGAAGAUGACUACACAGCAUUCGUUUCCCAAAACAUCAUGGAAGGGCAGAAGUUACUCAAAGUAAAAUUUAAUAACUGUGCCGGUAACAAGGGAGUUCGGUAUGAAACCAACAGCCUGGACUUCAAGGUGAGAGCCGAUGGGACCAUGUACGCUGCCCACCCGGUGCAAAUACCCUCGAAGCAGCUGAUCCUGAUGGUGACCGCGUGGGAUCCCCAGACCCUGGGCAGCUGGGAGGCGAUUGUCAGGUUUCUGGUGGCAGAGAAGUCACAACACAAUGGCCACAAGCCAAAAGGAAGGAAGACGGUGCCGGGAGAACUGGCGCAGCAGCAAAGCGACACUCUGCUCCCGUGGCGCCAGCAUCAGAGUGCUAAUGGCCUGCGGCGGCAAAAGCGAGACUGGGUCAUCCCCCCCAUCAAUGUGCCAGAAAACUCCAGAGGACCCUUUCCACAGCAGCUGGUUCGGAUUCGUUCCGAUAAGGACAAAGAGAUCCAUAUCAGAUACAGUAUCACUGGAGUGGGAGCCGACCAGCCGCCGAUGGAAGUCUUCAGCAUUGACCCCGUGUCUGGCAGGAUGUAUGUGACACGCCCUAUGGACAGAGAAGAAAGAGCAUCCUACCAUCUCCGGGCUCACGCAGUGGAUAUGAACGGAAACAAGGUGGAGAAUCCUAUUGACCUUUACAUCUAUGUGAUUGAUAUGAAUGACAACAGACCAGAGUUUAUAAACCAAGUCUAUAACGGAUCUGUUGAUGAAGGCUCUAAACCAGGUACCUACGUGAUGACGGUGACAGCAAAUGAUGCAGAUGAUAGUACUACAGCGAACGGGAUGGUGAGAUACCGAAUUGUGACUCAGACCCCACAGAGCCCAUCGCAAAACAUGUUUACUAUUAACAGCGAGACGGGAGACAUUGUCACUGUGGCUGCUGGACUUGACAGAGAGAAAGUUCAGCAGUAUAUAGUCAUUGUUCAAGCCACGGAUAUGGAAGGAAAUCUGAACUAUGGUCUCUCAAACACGGCAACAGCGAUCAUUACGGUGACAGAUGUGAAUGACAACCCACCCGAAUUCACUACCAGCACUUAUUCAGGAGAAGUUCCUGAGAACAGAGUGGAAGUUGUGGUGGCAAAUCUGACAGUGAUGGACCGGGACCAGCCUCACUCCCCCAACUGGAAUGCCAUCUACCGCAUCAUCAGCGGAGACCCCUCUGGCCAUUUCACUAUCCGGACAGACCCCGUCACCAACGAAGGCAUGGUAACCGUUGUGAAGGCAGUCGAUUAUGAGAUGAACAGAGCUUUCAUGCUGACAGUGAUGGUAUCAAACCAAGCUCCCCUGGCCAGUGGCAUCCAGAUGUCCUUCCAGUCAACAGCAGGAGUCACCAUUUCAGUCACAGAUGUCAACGAAGCACCGUAUUUCCCAACAAACCACAAGCUAAUCAGGCUGGAGGAAGGGGUGCCUACGGGGACAGUCCUGACAACGUUUUCAGCCGUGGAUCCCGACCGCUUCAUGCAGCAGGCAGUAAGAUACUCUAAGCUGUCAGAUCCUGCAAACUGGCUGAACAUUAAUGCCACAAAUGGUCAGAUCACUACUGCUGCUGUCCUUGAUCGAGAGUCAGACUACAUUAAGAAUAAUGUCUACGAGGCCACAUUCUUGGCGGCUGACAACGGUAUACCCCCCGCAAGCGGCACUGGCACGCUGCAGAUCUACCUAAUCGACAUCAACGAUAAUGCUCCUGAGCUCCUGCCAAAGGAGGCACAGAUCUGUGAAAAGCCAAACCUGAAUGUCAUCAACAUAACGGCCACGGAUGCUGACAUCGAUCCAAAUGUUGGGCCCUUUGUCUUCGAGCUGCCAAGUGUGCCAUCUGCGGUGAGGAAGAACUGGACCAUAACACGGCUGAAUGGCGAUUACGCCCAACUUAGUUUACGCAUCAUGUACCUGGAAGCGGGUGUGUAUGAUGUGCCGAUCAUCGUGACGGACUCUGGAAACCCCCCCUUGUACAACACGUCCGUCAUCAAGGUGAAGGUGUGCCCGUGCGACGAGAACGGCGACUGCACCACCAUCGGGGCGGUGGCUGCCGCGGGGCUGGGCACGGGCGCCAUCAUCGCCAUCUUGAUCUGCAUCAUUAUUCUGCUCACCAUGGUUCUGCUGUUCGUGGUGUGGAUGAAACGCCGGGAGAAGGAACGCCACACCAAGCAGCUCCUGAUCGACCCUGAGGACGACGUCAGGGACAACAUUCUGAAGUACGACGAAGAGGGAGGUGGAGAGGAAGACCAGGAUUAUGAUUUAAGCCAGCUCCAGCAGCCGGAGACCAUGGAUCAUGUGCUGAACAAGACACCUGGAGUCAGAAGAGUGGAUGAAAGACCUAUUGGUGCUGAACCACAGUAUCCUAUAAGACCAGUAAUCCCACAUCCAGGGGAUAUUGGUGACUUUAUUAAUGAGGGUCUGCGUGCGGCGGACAACGACCCCACAGCCCCCCCUUACGAUUCACUGCUCGUCUUCGACUAUGAGGGCAGCGGCUCCACCGCCGGCUCCGUCAGCUCCCUCAACUCCUCCAGCUCCGGGGACCAGGACUACGACUACCUUAACGACUGGGGGCCCAGGUUCAAGAAACUGGCGGACAUGUAUGGGGGAGGCGAGGAAGAUUAAACUGACCUCACAUUAUUUAAAAAAAAAAAAAAAAAAAAAAAGAAGAAGAAGAAAAAAAACAAUUCAGAAAAAAAAAGCAAACCCACAGACAACAACAUUAACAAAAAGAGCUGAUGCAGAAGCAAGAACUGUACAGAUGUGGCAGCUUUUUUAAUUAAUAUCCCCUGCUGACUGUAUUGUUAUUUUUAGUGGUGAUAUAGAAGGUUUCUUUUUUUUUUUCCCUUUUUUUUUCCUUUCCGAUUUUUUUUUAGACUGUUGAGCUGUCUCGCAUGAACACUUGUCUCUGCUGCAGGGUUUUUUUUGUUGUUUUGGUUUGGUUUUUUUAAUGUCAGCUGGGAUAUUGCUCGUUUACCUGCUUUAUGACUAAAGAGAGUGAAAGGCACUCUGUCUUAACUUGAAUUUCUUAGAACAGAAGCACUGUUUUUAAAAUAUAUAUAUAUAUAUAUAUUUGAAAGUGCCUUUUGGUGCAUGUAUCAGAUUCCCUUCAAUCUCAGGAGUGAUGAAAACAAACAUACAACCAUCCUGGGCAGCACUCCAUGUGACCCUAAGCCAGUUCUAGCUGGGAAGGAGUUAACAAAAAGGAACUGUGGAGAUUGUUUCUUUUUUGCCUUUUUUUUUUUUUUUUUUUUU